CUGCAUCGUGAAAGCCCCAGGCCUCUCCCCCUCCCCUCCUUUCGCCUGUGACCCACUGUCCUGCUCCACGGGGAGGAUUCACCCCGCAGCUGCAGACAGAAAGGGAGAGACAGGAGGGGAAAGUGGAGCCCAGCCCAGCUUCGUGCAGGUGUUGCUCGCUCCAGGACCGGUUGUGCACCGGUUGCAAUCAGCAGCAGCGACGGCAGUGUGCAGGGCAGGGCCCUCCGCCUCCCAGCCGUCCCCUCUCUGACUUGAAGGUGGACUAUGUACUGAAGAUCCUAUAAGUAACCUCGAGCCCGAGUCAGAUCACCUUCCACCCAGACCCAGACGCCAACUGACAUUUGACCAGCCACCAAGCGUUAGUCCAAGAUGGAAGAUCCUUACAAAGACAGGACUUCAUUAGUGAAAGGAGCUAAAGACAUCGCCAAGGAAGUCAAGAGGCAGGCGGUCAAAAAGGUGAACAAAGCAGUAGACCGAGCCCAGGAUGGGUACACCCAGAGGUCCUACAACCGCUUCCAGGACGAAGACGACGACGACGACUACUACGUCCAAGGAGAAGCCUACAGUCGAGACGCCAAUGAUGACGAGGGCUCGAGUGAAGCCACCGAGGGGCACGAUGAAGACGAUGAGAUCUACGAGGGGGAGUAUCAAGGUAUUCCCAACGUGAACCAGGGGAAGGAUGGCCUCAUGGCCAUAGGACAGCCCGGGCGAGAUGAGUUCAAGGACCGGCAGGACCUGGAGACAGAAAGAAAAGCGGAUGAGGAAGAAUUAGCCCAGCAGUACGAGUUGAUCAUCCAAGAAUGUGGCCAUGGUCGCUUCCAGUGGGCCUUGUUCUUUGUCCUCGGGAUGGCUCUCAUGGCGGACGGGGUGGAGGUGUUUGUUGUUGGCUUUGUGUUGCCAAGUGCCGAGACGGACAUGUGCAUUCCAAAUUCUGGCUCCGGAUGGCUAGGCAGCAUAGUGUACCUCGGGAUGAUGGUGGGAUCCUUCUUCUGGGGAGGAUUGGCAGACAAAGUGGGAAGGAGGCAGUCUCUCCUGAUCUGUAUGUCUCUCAAUGGAUUCUUUGCCUUUCUUUCAUCAUUCGUCCAAGGUUAUGGCUUCUUUCUCUUCUGUCGCUUGUUUUCUGGAUUCGGGAUCGGAGGGUCUGUGCCCACUGUGUUUUCCUAUUUUGCGGAAGUGCUUGCCCGGGAGAAGCGAGGGGAACAUCUGAGCUGGCUCUGCAUGUUCUGGAUGAUCGGAGGAAUCUACGCCUCAGCCAUGGCCUGGGCCAUCAUUCCUCAUUAUGGCUGGAGCUUCAGCAUGGGGUCUGCCUAUCAAUUCCACAGCUGGCGGGUGUUUGUGAUCGUCUGUGCCCUUCCCUGUGUCUCGUCUGUGGUGGCACUCACCUUCAUGCCCGAGAGUCCAAGGUUCCUCUUGGAGGUGGGGAAACACGAUGAAGCAUGGAUGAUUCUGAAGCAAAUUCACGACACAAACAUGCGAGCAAGGGGACAACCUGAGAAAGUCUUCACAGUGAACAGAAUCAAAACUCCAAAGCAGAUAGAUGAACUCAUCGAGAUUGAGAGUGACACGGGUACUUGGUACAAGAGGUGUUUUGUGAGGAUCCGCACCGAGUUAUAUGGUAUCUGGCUGACAUUUAUGAGAUGUUUUAACUAUCCAGUUAAGGAAAAUACUCUGAAGCUCACAGCAGUAUGGUUCACGCUGUCCUUUGGUUACUAUGGCUUGUCCGUUUGGUUCCCCGAUGUCAUCAAACACCUCCAGUCAGAUGAAUAUGCAGCUCGAGUCAAAUAUUUUGAUGGAGAGAGAAUUUCAAACUUCAGCAUCAACUUCACUCUGGAAAAUCAGAUCCAUGCCAAUGUAGAAUACAGCCACGGCAGAUUCGUGGGGAUGAAGUUCAAGUCAGUCACGUUUAAAGAUUCCAUUUUUAAGAACUGCUCCUUUGAGGAUGUGACGUCUUUGAACACCUAUUUCAGGAACUGCACCUUUAUAGAAACCCUUUUCGACAACACAGAUUUUGAGCCAUACAAAUUCGUGGACAGCGAGUUCAAAGACUGCGUAUUCAUGCACAACAGAACUGGAUGUCAGAUUACCUUCGAUGAUGACUACAGUGCCUAUUGGAUUUAUUUUGUUAAUUUCCUGGGGACGUUGGCCGUGUUGCCAGGGAACAUUGUGUCUGCGCUUCUGAUGGACAGGAUAGGGCGCUUGACAAUGCUAGGUGGGUCCAUGGUGCUCUCUGGGAUUAGCUGUUUCUUCCUGUGGUUUGGCACCAGCGAGUCCAUGAUGAUCGGCAUGUUGUGUCUGUACAAUGGGCUGACCAUUUCAGCGUGGAACUCUCUCGACGUGGUCACCGUGGAACUCUACCCCACAGACCGAAGGGCAACGGGCUUUGGCUUUUUGAAUUCGCUAUGCAAGGCAGCGGCGGUACUGGGAAACUUAAUAUUUGGUUCUCUCGUUGGGAUCACCAAAGCCAUCCCCAUCCUGCUAGCCUCUACGGUACUUGUCUGCGGAGGACUGGAAAUGGAGGUUGGCGGACUGCUAUCUCAGGGUAGAGAGAAGAAAUUCUGCUUUUCAAACCGAGGGAUGCUUCCUGUUUUCUGAGAAAAGGGCUGCUGGCUGCUUUGCCCUUUAAAGGAAAGCGGAGGUGAACCAAAGAAUGUGGGGCAGAAAGAGGGCAGCACAUCCCAUCAGGACAGCUCAAGGGUCCCUCUCCUAAUACACCGGGGCAGCGGGUAAGCAGGGAUGAACUAAUAGGAGAAAAUGUAUUUAUAACCCUGAAGAAUUGGUGGAAGUUAUUACGUGGCCAGGUUGAAGUUGCUAAUUUCUCAACGGUUGUAAGUUUGCAGGGGAACAUGCUGUCUAGAUUUACUCUAAGUGCAGUUGCCCCAGGCUGCACAGGAUGAGUUCGAAGGGAAACAACAUCUCCGGAGCCACCUGCUCCUCCCACUGAGCUGUUCCUUUAGUCUCCGUCCAUUCAGCAAUCACCUCAGACAAUCAGUUUGCUCAUGCAAACAUGCAUCAGUGUGGCAGGAGAAUGCAAACCCACCUCAUCCAUUCCCACCCUCCGCACCUUCAAGUGAGGCUGCCGUGGACUUCAACCGUGCCAUGGGUGCCUCAGCAGCCCUGCCCCUCCCCGCCCCUGCCCAUGUCCAUACCUUGGGUAAACUUGCCCGUUUACCACGAGGGAGGAAAUUUGCCCCAAAUCAGGAUAGAGAGAACACCUUGGUCCAGGGCCCGGCAGCCAGAGAUGAUCCCCAGACUUCGAGCAGUCAGUCAGUCCACAGUCCGUGGAGAGCAGUUGAAAGUGCAAAAGAAUUAGUAAGUGGAUCCCUUCCCUCAAGAAGCUCAAUAUCUUGGCUCUGUGUGGGGUCGGACCUUUCGAGACUGACCCAGUCAGAAGGCCCCCUCCGCCCCUGGGCAUCUCACCCUGGCCUUGCCUGGAAAUCGUACCCAGUUUUCUCUGAAAUCUGCGGUCUCCGAGCAAACUUAGUGUGAUGAUUAGCAGCCAGCAGGAAAUCCAGCCAUCUGUACCACGCCCCCGCAGCCAGUUGAGAGCUACACUGUAAAGUGUUGUUCUUUUCUAGACACACCCAUUUCCUGGGGCCCGGACCCCAGGCCCAUCACGAGCAAGGUCCAGCCACAUACUGGUUGUAGCUCAAGAUCCUCCCCGCCCCAUCUCCCAAAGUCCUCACAGGCAGAGAUGCUUCAGCCUUUCCAGGAACAGCCCUGAGACCUUCACCCAGUUAUCCCUCUGUUGCUCUAGACGAUGCUGAAUCCAAAGCCCAUCCAAGUUUGGCUUCUGGUAGAAGUGCAGCCCCAACACACCAACUGCCCUGAGGGCAUUAGUCAAACCCUGGAGCCCCCAAGACUGGAAGGACUGGUUAGCGGUCAGCUCCCAGGGAAGAGAAAGGUCCAGGACUUUGAGGAACUUUAGGUGAGGAAAGGACAGGUGUUAGGAUACAAGAAUCAAGAAAAGUUGGAUGGAAUAGAAGCUAUGGGAGAAGCAAAGACAAAAAAUGGAAGCUGUCAUGAUUUUCCCCUCCCACCAGCCUUCCAGGGCUAAGCCAUGUGACCCAUUCAUUCAGUUGUACUUAUUCAGGGUUUACUGUGCAGAGCACUGUACUAAGCUCUCGGAAGAGUACACCUCAACAAUGAACAGAUACAUUUCUUGCUCACAAGGAACUUACAGACUAGACCCAUUGGUGAGGUAGCCAAGAGAGACCCGCUGCCUGUUGCUUGUCAUUCACUCAUUCCCCCAAUUCCCACUCCUCUCCACAACUCUCUUCGUUCUGAAGAAGGAAUAUCUGGGUGUCCAAGUCGGGUGUGGGUGAGUGCCUCUUUCAGGAAUGAGAGUCAUGGAAGUGAAAAGCAAGGAAUGUUGUGGGGAGAUUGUUGUAACUCCAGAUACAAAGGGGAGACCCUGAAUGGACCCAGGUAGUAGAAAUUCACACCCCCUUUUCUGAAUCCUUAGGCUGGCCUCCCGCCCUACUUCAUGCAGGUGCUGGAUGAACCUUAAACAUUUGGAUCACAGUACCUGUGCUGAGCAUGUGCAGAUACACUGCACAUGGGUUUUGAAGGGUUUCGAAGUUUUGUGGAUGGCCACAAAGUCUAGCCAGUAAAGCUCCUAGCUUCACUGUGCUGGUCUAUUUCUGUGAUCCCCAGCAGGGCCCUAGGGCAGCAGACCAGCCCAGAAAACACCUGGAUCCCACUUCCCUCUGCUCUGACGCUGAAAUAGUCUCUUAGUUUAAUUAUGGUACUUACUAUGCAUUUACUAGGUACCAAAUACUUUACCAAGUCCUGAGGCAGGUACAAAUGGGAUCAGGCACCAUCUUGCCCCCUGCCCCUAAAGGGCUCAGAGUCCUAGGAGUAGGAAGUGUAGAUAUAUCCCCAUUUUACAGCGACUGAUUAAGUGUCUCGCCGAAGGUCCCGCAGCAGGCCAGAGGUAGAGCCAGUAAUGGAACUUGGGUCUCCUGACUCCCAGCCUUAUUGUCUUUCCAUUAGGCCCCACUGCUUCCCGAUUUCUUCACCCAUCUCGUCUCCCCUGAUCUCUGUGGUGAUGUCGUUUGGGGACACGACUCUAACCUAAUCUGGUGGAAUCAUUUUUCCCUUAAUCGGGGGUUCCCUUGACGUUGAAGCCACCUCCCUCACAACUGCCUUUCUGUUUCCCAGGCCUCUUGGGCAGGAGUCAGGUGAUUUUUGCGGUAUGUGGCCCAGCCUGUCCAGCCAGAUCCCAGGCUGGAGAUUAACUAUGACCCGAGAUUCCCCACGAGCCAUGGAGUCCCUCCCUGCAAGAGGGUCCAGGCACAUGCGGAGCCAGAGGCGUUCACUUGAUCCAAAGGCCAGAACCCAAGGGAGAACAAGACAGGCCCAGCCACUCACAGCCAGAAGCCCUUCCUCCUGAGUCCUGUAAGGAUUAGACCAGGACUCUCCACACAGAAGCGCAUCAUGGGCACAGAACAGUUAUCCCAAAAUCUAAGGCCUGGAUCUCUCUGGGAACCCGGGAUUCUGCCCCCUCUGCCCCCCUAAGUUGGAACAGUCUCUGAAUCCUGUGGUCUUGCCCACUGGCGUUUUGGUGAAUGCUCUGACCCCAUUCCAUCUGGCCUAGGUGUAUGCAGAGAAAUAUCCAUCGUUCCACCUGCCCACCUCACACGGGAGCUGGGCUGGCUGAUUUCCCAAACUCUGGCACCAGCCAGGUCCAGAAAUGGGACAAUCAUGGAAGAGCAGUAAGGCAUUUCAAGAGCUCACUCGGGAGGAUGCCAGGGGUUAAGCUACAAUUCUGACUCCCUGUUAAUUUGGUUAGCACCUUACUCCCCCACCCAACUCGGUGGCUCUUCCCAAGUGCAUGAGCAGGACAGUGGGUAGACUGGCCAUUGACUCUCCUUGGCUGGCCCCCACCAUACCUAGCCGUAGACCAUCCAUGGUGAACCUCACUGGGCACGGCUCCCUUCCCCACAUCUCAUCGGGGCAGUAGUUCCACCCUUAAAACCACACACACCACCCUCUCCCAUCUCUAUCCCAUAGUGGAAACUUGUGUGAUGGUGCGCUUAUGGAGCUGGGCACCUGGAGUUUGGUUUGGGGUUGCGGUACAGUUGUCUUUCCUGCAGGCCUGGAAUAAUAGAAUUGGCUGUUUUCCACACUUUUCCCUUUAGCCACAAGAUGGCAUUUAGCAGUUAACUUGUUCAUGCCUACAGGGCAGUGAAGCCCAAGCAAAUUCUCCACCUGGCAUGCCCCUGCUUUGGACAAGAUUUAGUUUUUGAGGGUCGGUUUGGCCAUCCAACCAAAUUUCAUCUUCUCUUCUCUGUCUAUCCUGGGCCGGGCAAACUCAGUUCAGCCCCCAGGCAGUCGUGUCGCAGCUAGGGUGGGAAAUGCUGCAAAAGUUCACUUCAGGGUACUCACACACCCAGGACCAAUUUUCCGGGGUUAUUUCUUCAAAGCCAAGUGUAUAUGUGCGUAAAGCGACCCAAAUGUAGAAUGGCAUGUUGGUUUCGGUAUGGUUUGGGGAAGAAAAGCAUCCGUGUCUGCUACGUGACUCGUCUGUCAGCUCGCUGUUUCUGUAUAUGGAUCUCCAGUUGUCCUCGUAACGUUCUCGUCUUUGUCUAUGUUUACCAUUGUUCUUGUCAGUCAUCUCGGAUGAACUUAUGGCAGAGCCAUUGCCAGGAUUUCCUUCAGUUAACCUUUAACGUUCCCGAGUCCCCACCAGAUCAUCAGUGACACAUUGUCGUUCAAAAGAAUCCAACCUGGGAAACCCUAGCAGCCGGCUCAGCUCCAGGAUGGGGGCCUGGGCACAAAAGAUCCCAGACAUUCCCCAGGCAGCUCCUGCCUGGGUAAAUGACUGGCUCUUUCUCAGAGUCACUUUGAAACUUGGAAGAGAACGAUGGGAAGACCAGGGUAUAGAAACCAGUAACCAUAGGGACCAGUUUCUCCAGUCUGCACAGAUGUGUUCAAUCUCCCUUUGUCUGAUUCUUGAUUGGACAAACUGGACCGAAGCUGAUUAAGCAAUGACACACGACAGGUGAGCAUCAGCUUGGCAACAAUCCAUAUCCAGUCAGGUGUGUGUGGUUAGGGAGGGAAGUUGUGUGAGGCAGUGGGGAAAAGUGUUAAAAUUCCAUCAGUAGAUCUAGGCUUGGGAUCUCUUCUUGAGACUCCUAGACCAGCAAUUCAAAAAAAAAUGAAAAAUACAUGUCUGAUGCUUCUUGAAAUGUCAGCCUGGAAAAAUGGUGCCAAAAGCUAAAGCCUUUAGUACCUUCAAAAGCUAAUUGUGUGAAGCCAUAUGAAAGAAACAUCUUCUCAACAGUUUCAAGAUCAUUUCCGAGGCCUAUAAUUAAAGAAAUGUGUUGGAGAGAAUCUGUCUUCCCCCAGUGUCAACUCCUCAAGGGCAGAGUCUGUGUUUUCUAUUUCUGCUGAAUAUUCCUGAGCACUUGGUUUAGUGUUUAGCACGCAACAAGCAGUCAGUCAGGACUCUCGAUGUUGGUGAGCAGUUGGUCAGGGUAGUGCUGUUUCGGCUAUUUCUCCUGACUUGACCACUGGGAGAUUUUUCCUUCCCUGUUCUGAGACUCAGGAAAACUUCACUAGAUCCUCUAGAGCAGGGGACCUCUCUCUUCCGAGUAGACACUGUCCAGCAGAGAACCAUUCUCCAGCGCUCGGCUAGGGAGUGUACCAGGCCAGGAUUCAUUUAGCGUGCACUAAGGAAAUCCUGCUCUUUUCUAGAGAAAGAACACUGGAAUGGAGCUAGAUUAUGUCCAGGGUUACUGAUUAUUCUUGAGAACGUUGGGUGGAUGGGAGCUAGUGUAACUAAUCUGAGUGCUGGACCCACAGCAAAUGGGAAUUGAGGGGUUAUAAGCCACUGCUGGCCAGAGAGAGGUAGUAGCAUUGGUAUUUCUUCAGUGCUCACUGGGUAACAGUGCACUGUACUAAAUCUUUGGCAAGUACAAAGUGAAAAAGUGACAUGUCCCUGCUCCCGAGAAGCUUGCGCUCUACGUAGAGGCAGAGGAGGGCUGUACGGUCUUCGUAAUGAUGGGGAGGGUCAGAGCCUUAUCUCUCAGGUCAGUCUUUCCCCUUUUCCCAACAUUCUCCAAGAAAAGAAAGCCACCCCCGACUCCCCCCCCGACACACACCCACUUCCAACUGCACUACAAUUCCAAUCCUCACAAGAGUGGCACGAAACAGAACAAGAUUGAGCAUUUACCCUCAAGCUUGGGUUCUAAAAUUGUAAUUAUUCUUUAUUCCCCUUGUACUGUCGCCAAAGCAGGGAAACUUGCACUUCCUCUUUAGGGCCACAUCCGGUGGCCGUAGCCUGCAGCAAGGCAGAUGGGAUAGGUAGAUUUUCCUUUCCAGUUUGUCCUCAGGCUCAACCAAGCCCAACCCAGGUAGAAGGCCCCGAUCAGUGACCUCUGAAGUUCCCCCACGUGCCUGACUGUGGCCAGAUAAGUUGUUUUCAUUCCUUUCCCCUCUGCUGGUCUCGAUUCCCGGGAACAUAUCCGUGCCCCAAGUCAGGGAGUUAGAGGGCAAAGAAAUUAUUUUUCCUUGUUGUAGAAAUUCUCAGCAUCCAGAAUAUAGGUGGGCAUCCUCCCCCAUCCCAGAAUCAUUCCGAGGUGGUCUGGUGUUAUUUGUCGACGUGUAUAUAGUGUACAUAAAAAAGAACGAUGACUUUUCCAUUCGAUUUCCUUGGGAAACCCAUGGUCACUGUCACACCCCCUCUUUGGCCAUGAGAUCUCGGCAAUGGUCCUGGGCUUGAAUUUGGUUUCUGUCUCUUCUGCUCCUGUGUUUGGUUUUCUGGUCUUUGGGCUCCAGCCUCCUCCACUGUAUAUAUGUGCCUGCAUGUGUGUGCACCGAUCAGUUCUCACUUUCAGAUCUCCGGGUUCUUCAUUCCUCGUCGAGCUGGCGCAGUCGUGAACGCAUCUCUCCAGUAUGCUCCUCCGUGUCAGAUUGCCGAUUGCCAAAACGUUUGACCCAAGUGUGUUUUUACCGAGUCCCAAGGGGAAGCGGUCUGUAUUGUGAAAGGGCAUGCUUUGUGUAGGAUGACUGUCUGUACAGUACAAAUCUAUCAAACGUGGAAGUGUGUGUAAACUUAUCUGCCAGAUACCUAGCAUUCAUGUAACAAAUGCAAAGCUACUUAAUGAACAGCAGAUUAAUAAAGGAGUAUUUUUGCU